AUGGCGGACAACAACAGUGUGGCAACUCGACCGCCCUUGUUCCUUCUGGUCAAAAGUUCUCCGCAUGUCUUCAACUCUUUUGUCGCUUUGUCUGUUUUAAAUAUUAUCCUUUCCAUCUCUGCCACUCUUGGAAAUACGUUGAUAUUUAUUGCGCUACGACGAGAAUCCUGCUUUCAUCCACCUUCGCGCCUAUUGAUACUCAAUUUGGUGAUCACAGAUUUGUGCGUCGGUCUCAUCUCUCAGCCACUGGCAGCGCUGCAUUCGAUCUCUAUUUUCACUGACCGUUUGCCUAUCUACCAAUUCACCGUGGAAGUGACCUACAUCACAAGUGCAGUUCUAAGCGGAGUGUCUCUCUUUAUUCUAACCUUCAUCAGUGUCGACAGAUUACUCGCCUUGUCGCUCGGAAUGCGAUACCGACAAACUGUGACUGCUCCGCGGGUCCGUAGAUUUGUGAUAUUUUUCUGGGCGGUAAAUAUCGCAAAUGGCUUUGCGCGAUUCUUGAGGAAUAGAUAUCUCUUCUAUCUUGUUUGUCUCAUAGGUAUAUUUACUUGUGUUAUUAUUUCCACGUUUUGCUAUGCAAAAAUUUGCCACACACUCUGUGCGCAGCAGGCAAAAAUCCAGAAUGUUUUAAACCAGGGACUUGAAAAUAAAAACCCUCCAAUGAACAUGGCGCGGUUCAAGAAAACCGUAUCGAGCGCGCUUUGGGUUCAUUUAACACUACUGAUCUGUUAUCUGCCGUACAGUAUAGUGUCAGGGUUGAAGGCUGUUACUGGUAAUGUCUGGCCUGUCGCCGAGGGAUUCACGGCCACAUUAAUCUUCUUCAAUUCAUCUCUGAACCCAGUGCUUUAUUAUUGGCGCAUCAGAGAAGUCAGGCAUGCUGUGAAGAAAACGAUCAGGCAAUAUCGAUAUCGCAGCGAGCAAACAAGUGAUACUGGUUUAGAAUGA